AAAGCACACAGGGGUCGAAUUUGGAAGGGCACCAAGGCAAGUUGGAAGGGCGGCAAGUUGGAAGGGCACCAAGGCAAGUUGGAAGGGCACCAAACCAAGGCAAGUUGGAAGGACACCAAGGCAAGUUGGAAGGGCACCAAGACAAGUUGGAAGGGCACCAAGGCAAACGUUUUGUUCAGAAGAUGGUACAUCUCUUAAUCCUGCAACUUUGAAGAUACAUCAGUAAAAGGCUGCUUUCAAAGAAGCAAUAUUUUGUGGAUCAGAUCAAAACGUUGAAGGUUCUCUGUCUUAAGAGAAAUAUGUCUAGCAGUGAUGAUAGAUUUGUCGAACGUGAGGUCUCGUCAAAACAUUGUGAAAGCAACCCUCAUCUGGCAGAAGAAACUAAACCACAUUCUUGCGAGAAGCCUUUCCAGUGUGGGAUGUGCUUGAAGUGUUUCUCUUACAAGAGUAAGAUUAAGCACCAUAUGAGGAUCCACACUGGUGAACGACCAUAUCAGUGUGGGGUGUGCAGAAAGUGUUUUCUUGAGAAAAGAUACGUGAAAAAGCAUAUAUUAAUUCACAAUGGAGUUAAGAAUUUCAAAUGUGAUUUGUGUUCAAAAUCUUUCCAUAAUUCCCUCUUGAAAGUACAUAUGCUCGUUCAUACUGGUGUUAUGCCUUUCAAGUGUGAAAUGUGUGCAAAGCGUUUUUCGCUAAAUGCCAACUUGAAACAACAUAUGUUGGUUCACACUGGUGUUAAGGCUUUCAAGUGCAAGGUAUGUGCCAAAUGUUUCUCACGAAAUACCCAUUUGAAACAACAUAUGUUGGUUCACACUGGUGUUAAGAAUUUCAGAUGUGAGGUAUGUACAAAAUGUUUCUCAAAAAACCCCGACUUGAAACGACACAUGUUGGUUCACGCUGGUGUUAAGAAUUUCAAAUGUGAGGUAUGUGCAAAACGUUUCUCACGAAAUACCAACUUGAAACGACACAUGAUGGUUCACACUGGUGUUAAGGAUUUCAAAUGAGAGGUAUGUGCAAAAGGUUCCUCAAGCAAUCUGAAAUUGAAAGAACAUAUGAACAUUCACAAUAUCGAUGUGAAACAACAUAUUUUGGUUCACACUAUUGUUAAGAGUUGAAUGUAUUUGCUAAAUGUUUCUCAUACAAUGACAGCUUGAAUCAUCAUAUGUUUGUUCACACAGGUAAUACACAGUUCAAGUGUGAUGCGUGCAUAAAGUGUUUCUCUCAUGGUUAUCAGCAAAAAUAUCAUUCAUGCAAAUGAGAAACUUUUAACACGUUUAAAAUGCACAAACUGAUUUAACAUACAACACCAUCUUGAAGUACCUCCUGUCUGUUCAAAUUAAAUAGAGAGGUGUGUAGCUCAGUAGUAGUGUGAUGGGUCAUGUGAUCAACACUCGUCAAACUGAUUUAACAUCAACACCAUCUUGAAGUGCCUCCUGUCUGUUCUUAUUAAAUAGAGAGGUGUGUAGCUCAGUAGUACUGUGAUUGGUCAUGGGAUCAACACUCGUCAAACUGAUUUAACAUACAAAACCACCUUGAAUAGCCUCCUGUCUGUUCAUAUUAAUUAGAGAGGUGUGUAGCUCAGUAGAAGUGUGAUGGGUCAUGGGACAACACUCAUCAGACUGAUUUAACAUACAACACCAUCUUGAAGUGCCUCCUGUCUGUUCUUAUUAAAUAGAGAGGUGUGUAGCUCAGUAGUAGUGUGAUUGGUCAUGGGAUCAACACUCGUCAAAAUUAUUUAACAUACAACACCAUCUUGAAGUGCCUCCUGUCUGUUCUUAUUAAAUAGAGAGGUGUGUAGCUCAGUAGUAGUGUGAUUGGUCAUGGGAUCAACACUCGUCAAAAUGAUUUAACAUACAACACCAUCUUGAAGUGCCUCCUGUCUGUUCUUAUUAAAUAGAGAGGUGUGUAGCUCAGUAGUAGUGUAAUGGGUCAUGGGAUCAACACUCAUCAAACUGAUUUAACAUACAACACCAUCUUGAAGUGCCUCCUGUCUGUUCUUAUUAAAUAGAGCGGUGUGUAGCUCAGUAGUAGUAUGAUGGGUCAUGGGAUCAACACUCGUCAAACUGAUUUAACAUACAACACCAUCUUGAAGUGCCUCCUGUCUGUUCAUAUUAAAUAGAGAGGUGUGUAGCUCAGUAGUAGUGUGAUCGGUCAUGGGAUCAGCCUCCUGUCUGUUCUUAUUAAAUAGAGAGGUGUGUAGCUCAGUAGUAGUGUGAUCGGUCAUGGGAUCAGCCUCCUGUCUGUUCUUAUUAAAUAGAGAGGUGUGUAGCUCAGUAGUAGUGUGAUCGGUCAUGGGAUCAACACUCGUCAGACUGAUUUAACAUACAACACCAUCUUGAAGUGCCUCCUGUCUGUUCAUAUUAAUUAGAGAGGUGUGUAGCUCAGUAGCAGUGUGAUGGGUCAUGGGAUCAACUCUCGUCAGACCUAUUUCAGGUUUUACCACUCACUAGGCCAGCUUUUCUGUAACUGUCAAUAAUAUCAUUAGUAACGACGAAGGCAAAAUGGUUGAAUAUGGACCUUUAUUCGGUGUGGGUCUUAAGGAAACAUAGCGAGGUGUGUCGCUUAACAGACGUGUGAGGCUCAUGGGAUCGAUACUCGUUAUAAGACCUAUUUUAGGAUUUAUCACUCACACUAGGUCAGCCUUCCCGUAAUUUACACAAACAUCGUGAAUAAGAACGAAGAUAAAAUGGUUGAAUAUGAUUCUUAUUCACUGUGGGUGCUAUGGCUUUGAACGGCCAAACUACAUUGGUUGUCUGGAAAAUUCAACAUGGCUUCUGCUCAUGUGUUUGUUGGUGUGUGUAUGAUUGUGCCUCUGUAUGGGACUUGUGUUACAUAUAUAUAUAUAUACAUAUAUACAUACAUAUGUACAUACAUACAUACAUACAUACAUAUGUGAUGCCUGCAAAAUAUUUAGUCACAGUAUCAGCUAAUUGUUAUUUGAUAUUGAUAACAUUUUCAAAUGUGACGUGUCUUCAAAAUGCGAGCUUAAACACAUUGUUGGUGGUUAUAAGAUUGUCAAAUGUAAUGUGUCUAUAAAAUGUCAUACAUUUGGUGCGAGCUAAAACAUAGUUAAUGUUGGCUAUAACAGUGUAAGAUUUUAAAGUGUGAUGUGUCUGCAAAGGAGUUUAGUCACAGUACAAGUUUAGAUAUAGUCCUAGUUUAUGCUGUUCAUAAAAAUUUCAAAUGUGAUGUAUCUAACGAAUGAGUUUAGACACAGUAUAAGUACUUUCAAGAUAUUGUAAGUUUAUAUUCUUAUCAUAAAAACUUUUCUUUAGGCUCUGUUUUAAAUGUUUUCACUUUUUGUGUUUUAUUUCGAGACCAAAUGUUUCUUGUGAAAUAAUAAUAAA